GGCCGCGAUUAGUUUGUAGGCCGAACAUCUUUGAAUGGUGCAGUACUUUUUGUUAGUUUAGUGAAAAUAGAUUAAUUUAAGUGCAAAUAAUGAAUGAAAACAUACAUUAGUUAAUGGCGGAAUACGGAAUCCUAUCGAGUGCAUGUCAAUUAGGUUGUUGAAUGUUUAAAUUUGUGUGAGAUUGUGUGUUAAAAGAUUUUGGACUUCCACGAAAAAAAACCAUUAGUUUGGGAGUUUUUGUUCUACGUUGACUGGCAUUCAAAAUGGAAGAAGGUGACACAAAAUCAGAUAAAAGUCUUCCCAAAACGGAAGAGAGAAUCAGUAGUUGCUAUUGUGGUAAAGAUCGGAACCUGAACAUCGUGGAACUGCUGUGCGUGACAUGUUCCCGCUGGUUCCACGAAUCGUGCAUCGGAUUCCAGCUGGGCAGGUUGGUGCCAUUCAUCAUGAACUAUGUGUUUGUGUGUAAAAACUGCUCUAUAACUGGGCUGGAAAGCUUCCGCAAAACUCAGGCCACCAUACCGCAAAUGUGUGCCACGGCUAUCGCCAAUCUGCAGCAAACGGCCGCCAAGGAGGGCAAACCGAAAACGAUGUUCAGCAAGGACCGGGACAUCAUUCCCUUCAUCGAUCACUACUGGGAAGCGAUGACAACGAUGAGCCGCCGGUCCACGCAGUCCUGGUAUGCGACGGUGCAGCGCACCUUGAUCAAGGACAUCAACACCCUGUUCACCUACGAGGAAACCAACGAGAACGGGCAGAUGUACGGAUUGGUGGUGCAGGAUCUAACGCAGAUCAAGCCCAACUACGACGAGGCAGCGCAGAACUCCCAAAGCCUGGCCAAAGCGGGCCGGCAGCAGAAGCGAAAGUUUCCGAACAGCGAUGGUCCCGGUGGGAAUCUCGGGAAGAAAAGCCGUGUUGGAGCCGAUCUCGGUACCCUGGUUAAACUGCCAGCGCACGGGUACCCACUGGAGCAUCCCUUCAACAAGGAUGGCUAUCGCUAUAUUUUAGCCGAACCGGAUCCACACGCACCCUUCCGGCAGGAGUUUGAUGAGAGUGCGGACUGGGCCGGGAAACCGAUCCCCGGCUGGUUGUAUCGGGUGUUGUCCCCGAAUGCUAUGUUGCUAGCAUUGCACGAUCGGGCUCAGCAGCUGAAAAUCUCCGAGGACCGUAUCGCGGUAACCGGGGAGAAAGGCUACUGUAUGGUGCGGGCCACUCAUUACGUGACUCGCGGCAGCUGGUACUGGGAAGCUACGGUCGAGGAUAUGCCGGAGGGAUCGGCUUGUCGUCUUGGAUGGGGACAAGAGUACGCUAACUUGCAGGCACCGCUUGGCUACGACAAAUUCGGCUACUCGUGGCGAUCUCGCAAGGGGACCCGGUUCCACGAAUCUCACGGCAAACACUACAGCGAUGGCUACGGGGUGGGUGAUACGCUCGGAUUUAUGAUCGUACUGCCGGAAUCGAAUCAGAUCACACACGUGCCAGGCACCUUCAAGGACCGGCCCCUGGUAAAAUUCAAGAGCCAUCUGUACUACGAAGAAAAGGACAAGGUCACCGAAACGCUAAAAACGUUGAAGGUUUUGCCGGGCAGCAAAGUGUUUUUCUUCAAAAACGGAAUUUGCCAAGGGGAAGCCUUCACCGAUCUCUACGGAGGAGCGUACUAUCCGGCACUGUCCGUUCAUAAGAACGCCACUGUCAGCGUGAACUUCGGACCAAACUUGAAGCACCCUGAAGUGCUCGAUAAAUUCAAAUGCAAAUCGAUGUUCGACCGUGUCGAAGAAAUGAUUUGCGAGCAGACCAUGGCCGAUAUGAUGUACUUCACCGAGAAUGACGGGAAACUCCGUUUGGAUACCUUCAAUAUUUAAGAAAUUUACUCGGGAGAACGUUCAUUUGAAGUAUGAUCAGUGUUUGAAGUGUAAAUAAAACAAGCAGAGCUUAACAACGCAAA